AUGCUGAGCGUCUGGUGGGGAGUUCAUCGAAUCUACCGUUUUGAACUGCUGCCGGAUAACACGACAGUUACUGCUGAGGUCCACUGUGCCCAACUGCAAAGACUGGCAGACAAGAUCCACAAGGAGCACUCGAAGCUCGACAAAGUUUGCCUGCUGCACGGUAACGCGCGCCCUCGCAUCGCGAAGAAGGCUUUCCAGAAAAUUCUGGAGCUCGGAUUGGAAGUUCUACGGCACUCACCGUGCAGCCCGGACCUAGACUCGAGCGACUACCACCUCUUCCGAUUGCUUCAGCAUCACCUGGGAGAGAAGCGCUACGAUUAUCGUGACCACCUCGAAAAUGACCUUCAGGCUUUCUUCGUCUCCAUGUCGCCGGAGUUCUACGCCAAAAGAAACCGUGAUCUUGUGAGACGUUGGCAGAAGGCUGUCGAUGUUGAUGGAGAUAUUUCGUCGAAUAAUAAAAUGUUGUUAAAAAGUUGUGUUGCUUUGAAAUUUUGCCGUAUUUCGGCAGAUACUUUCCGAAUACCCUAA